UCUGCAGAUGCGUGCACUACCAAGCAAGCGCGUAGUUGCAGCAAAAGAUGCGCAGAUUUAGAUAAUUACAUUUACGGAAAAUGGGGGUUAUCGAAUGAAGGAAAGAGGGGGGAGGGAUAUGAGAAACGGGG